AUGGCCUGGGAGUUGGUGCUGUGGUUGUUUGCGUUCUUCUCAGUCAUCUCCCUCAUCGCCCUGACUGCUUAUCAGGUACGCUCUCAGACUCCAGGUUCCUGGCCCGCAGGAUUUCUGAGCUUCAAGGGGUGCAUUGUUUUUUUCUCGUGAGGGUUUAACUCGAGAUGAUGGCAUAUGAAUCGGAUAUGCUGUUUUUAAAUUUGAUAUGUACAUAUGCACAUUUAUAUUCAUCUGUAUCUAUUCGAUGAUCAUGCAAAGCAAACCGCAGAGAUCCGUGAACGAAAAUAGGGGAUUGAACAUUUUUCUUUUAGAUGUAGGGAUCCGUGAAGUUUCUUAUCAGGAGUAGAGAAAAUCGAUUAAUAAGUGUUUGAUAUCCAAACAAUAUCAGUUGAACUGUUUGUAAGAAGUCUUAUUGUGAUUGCUUUUUAUGUGACGUGUGGGGAAUACAUUUUGAACUGAACAUGCCAAUAUAUGGUGGUUUCUACCCAUAUUUUUACAAGUUUCUAUAUGUAAGCAAUACAACAAGAAGAUUAUCUAAACUAUGAGUUGGGAACUGCAGUCAGAGGUGUAGUUUGAAACCUUCCAUCCCACUUAGUGGCAUCUAUCUAACACUUUCCUAAGUAUCAUCCUAUGGUUGGAGUCUAUUUUUUAAGUAUGCUUUGAUUGUAUGCUCAUUUGCCCGAGUUGCAGGUGCCGUUCGAUUUCUUUCAAAGAGAAUCAUCAUUGUUGGGUGAUUCUUAGUGAUUCUCAGUUGACAGAAAUUCGUAAAAUCUUGAAGAAGAUGUCUGGAGAAGAUGUUGAGCAUGAACAUAGUAGGGGAUUAUGGAAACCAUAAUUGAUGGAUUUAAAAAAGCUCCACCGAAUUAGAAUGGAAAUAUUUAGAAAAUAAAAAUCAGCCAUUAGACGGGCUAAAAAUCUUAAGAGAACCAUUUGGUUCAUUUUAUAUUUCUUCAUAGUAUUUUUAUUUUAUUUUUUAUUAAUUCAGUACACACCACUGCUGUCUACAACGCUACCUAAGAAUCCUAUGGAAGCUUUUCUACACACUACUGUUGCCACUUACCUGAUAUUUAUCUGAGAACAUUCAACUCUCUUUUUUUUUUGUUGAAUUUUUUCAUGACUUUUCAGGCAUAAUACGGGUAUUUAAUCGUUACUCGUUGACCUUAUGGUGCAGCUAAUCUGCUUGUCUGACCUGGAGUUUGACUACAUCAAUCCAUAUGAUUCUUCCUCGCGUAUCAACGCCGUGGUUACCCCCGAGUUCGUGGUCCAAGGGGUGCUGUGCGUUCUCUUCCUCCUGUCCUUGCAUUGGUUCCCAUUUCUGAUAAUGGCGCCCAUAACCUACUACCAUUCGAAGCUGUAAGUGCCAUUCCCACUCGUGUUCUCGCUUUUAAUCCCAUGUGCAUUAAUUCUGCUACAGUUUUCUGUUCAUUUCCACGGAUUCCAUGCAGCAUCAUCAUUGAGGACUAAUAUCCUCUUCCCAUCCAUUCUCUCUCUCCUCUCUUUCUCCUAUCUCUCUCCUCUCUCUCUCUAGCUGGCUCGUUACCUGUGUUUUUCCCCGGCAAUUCAGCCGCAUGACUACGAUUAAAACAGGGCGUAAUCGAUGUGUCUCAGGUAUCUGAGCCGGAGGCAUCUCCUUGAUGUGACUGAUAUAUUCAGUCUGCUGAGUGGAGAGAAGAAGUACCGGAUGAUCAAGCUCGGCUUCUACGUGACCCUCUUCAUUGUCGUCAUCUACAGGUCCUCCUCUCUUCCUCCUUCCUCGUUUAUUUUGUAAAAUAUAUAUAUAAAAAAAAACGAGUCUUGAAACCUUUCGCAGGCUCGUGAUCACGGCGGUGGUCAUGCUGGUGGACGAGGACGAUCAUCCACUCGAUUCUCGAAUAUUCUAG